ACCUGCCUGCCGGAGCCACGUGGUGCGGGGCCGCGCCCUCUGGCGGACCGAGCGCGACGUGCAGCCCGGCUCCCAGCGUGGCCGAAUCGGGAGGGGCUUCUGGGAUGUUGGCGGAACGUCGAGGCGGGGACUCUGGAGACAUCCAGGUGUUCGGGGCGUUUUUUUCUCUCUGGAUCCCAAUUACCAGCUCCCCGGUCUUAUCAGCGCAUUAGGGGAGUAACACAUCAUCUUUAACUUCGGCGACAGGAGUCCGGGUUUGCCCGUCUCUGGCUGAUUUUUUUUUUAAAAAAAACUUUUUUAUUUAUAUAUAACUUAUUGUCAGCCCGACUGCCUGAUCUCGGAGAAUGAGAGUCGAGGCUGGGACCGUCCUGGUCUGGCUCGCCGCUGUCUGCACGGCAGCCUCGGGGGAGCAGCGCGACGAGCAGCCGGCUGUGGACGAGCUCCUGGUGGAGACGCUGGCGAGACCCGAAGAGUGCACGGAGGUGGCCGGGAUGGGGGAUACCCUGCACAUCCACUACACCGGGAGACUGAUGGACGGCAAGUUGUUUGACAGCUCUCUGUCCCGGGAGCCGCUGGUGGUGGAGCUGGGAAAGAAGACCGUCAUUCCAGGUCUGGAGCAGAGCCUGCUGGGAGUCUGCGCUGGACAGAAGCUCAAAGCUGUUAUUCCGGCUCAUCUGGCCUACGGAAAACGUGGCUUCCCUCCCACCAUCCCAGGUGAUGCGGCCCUGCAGUUCGACGUGGAGGUGGUGUCUCUGGCCAGGCAGACGCCCUAUCAGAAGCUGGUGAACGAUGUGCUGCCCCUGCUGUCCCUGGCGCUGGUGCCCACACUGUUCGGGCUCAUUGGGCUGUACCUCUACAGGAAGGCCAGUGCCCAGCAGCCCUCCAAGAAGAAGAUGAAAGACAAGAAGGGCAAAAUAAAAAAGAAAUAAAACAUGCAGGCAUAGCAUUAUUAAUUUUAAA